AUGAAGUUCUCAAUCCCCCUUCUCUCUCUCCUGGCCACGAGUCAAGUUACUUUGGCGGCGCCUGUUGCUACGGUGGAUGUUGCUGAACUUCCUUCAGAUACUAUCCUUGACAUCCGGUCUUCUAAUCCGUCUGACGAAGCCCUGGUGGUUCUGGAUCAGAGGGCUACUAGGGUCUGUGAGAUACUCGACCGAACAGUUCGUACCAUUGGUACUAGCAAAUUCACACUAGUAAUUUCUGGGGUUGUCUAUAUCGUAAUGGGCUCGCGUCUUGCUCGACAAGUCUGUGAAUAUGCCGGCGGUGGUAGAUGUGAGGAACUAUCUUAUAUUAUUUCAGAUGAUCUACUCUUGGCCUACUCCGCUGUCGCCCACUACUCUGAAUCUAUUCCCAAAGGUCUACCAGGCAAGCGCGACGUCGAUGAUUCGCAAGACUAUCUCCAGAUGUGGGAGACUAUGCUGUCCAAUAGUGCUGAUAUGUCCUACGAAAGCCUCUCUCCUCUCUCGAUUUCCUCGGAUACUAUUGCCUUAGCUAGACUUCAGGACGAGCCUUUACCAACCCACAGAUUCCAGAUUACUGGUUUCGCCGUUGACGACUCUCCGAAGCACGAUAUCAUCGCCAACCACUAUGAAAACGGUGAAACCGUUCUUCACCUGCCACCUUUACAAGGGGACUCUGGUGCGAAUAGCACUGAAGGAUCCAAUUUGCAAAAUCGAUUCGACAACCCUGGGUUCAAGAUCACGUUCACUACCAGGGAAAGAUCGAAGCUCACCCAAACCCAUCAAAAGUCUAUGGCACUGGCAGGGGCUGCUACAUGGCCUGUCUAUGCGGACAACUUUUACUACCGGAUCAUUCCGGAGAUCAAGGGGUUCGGAACAAAUUACGAGACUGUCGAUAUUUGUGGUGGAAUGGCAUCAUACUUGUAA